AUGAGUAAAGCAUUGUUGAAGACAGGAAGACCCAUCUUCUUUUUCCUCUGUGAAUGGGGAGUUGAAGACCCUGCAACUUGGGGUCCCGGUAUUGGUAAUAGAUGGAGAACAACUGGGGAUAUUGCUGAUAACUGGGAGAGAAUGACAAAACGUGCAGAUAAAAACGAUAAAUGGGCAUCUUAUGCUGGACCUGGAGGAUGGAACGAUCCUGACAUGCUUGAAGUUGGGAAUGGCAGCAUGACGAUGGAGGAGUACAGGUCACAUUUCAGCAUCUGGGCAUUAGCCAAGGCUCCUCUCAUACGCGGGUGCGACAUUCGAUCGAUGGACCUCGACACCCACCAAAUUCUGAGCAACAGUGAAGUGAUUGCAGUUAACCAAGACAAACUUGGAGUGCAGGGGAAGAAGGUUAAGAAAGAUGGAGACUUGGAGGUGUGGGCUGGUCCUCUCAGCCAAAAGAGAGUGGCAGUAGUGCUUUGGAACAAGGGUUCUUCCCCAGAUAAAAUCGUUGCUAACUUCUCUGAUAUUGGCGUCCCUCCCUUCGCCCUUGUGGAUGUCAGAGAUUUAUGGGCGCACACCACCGAAGCAAAGGUGAAGGAACAAAUCUCGGCGUACUUGGAUCCCCAUGCCUGCAAAAUGUAUAUCAUCAUUCAAAAGUAA